GCUGGUGUGACGUAUAAUCUAGUGGACGGAACGCUUCUUUCAACAGCAGCAACAGUUAGUGAGACACCUCGGUAGCUUGCUAGACAAAAUAGCCGAACCAAUAAAGCUUUUUAGUGUAUAUUAGCCAAUGUGGUUUAUCCCACUCCUGUCGUCUAGUUAGUUAUCCGACUUAAUUUCUUAUUUACGUUGUUGUAGUUAUUAGUCAGCUAGCGGUUUUGGUUAAGUUAGCAUUAGCCUAGCUAGCUAACAUCCCCGACCAUGAGUUUACCAAGCUACUCUCCUCCUGCUAAAGAAGAGGAAGUCUGCUGGACGGAGAAAGAAGUUAUCGUCAAAGAGGAGGUGGAAGAGGAGGCUGUUACAAUACAAAAACAAGUAGAGGAUGAGGCUGUUACCGUGAAAGAAGAGAAAGACGUUUCAGUGAAAGAAGAGGAAGACGCGUUCAGAGAGGAAGAGGAUGCAGUUUUUGGAGUGAAAAGGGAGGAGGAAGAAGAGGAAGAAACUGGAUAUCUGGGCUCGGUUUCCCCAAAGCACCUUAAGGCAUCUAAUGAUGAACUUAGCUGUAAGAUGGUUUUGAGAAACCGUUCCCUGAUUAACACUAGAGAAGGAUGUGACUAUUGUGGAUCCUCUGGGGAGCCUCAACAACAUCAUGAAGCUGAUGUGGCAGAGAAAAAAUCACAAUUACACCAGAGAACACACACAGGAGAGAAACCUUUUAGCUGUGAUGAAUGUGGGAAGAGUUUUACUAAGCCAAGCAACCUGAUAUCACACCAGAGAACACACACCGGAGAGAAGCCUUACCACUGCUCUGACUGCGGAAAGAGGUUCUCAAGAGCAGAGAACCUAAAAGUACACCAGAGAAGCCAUACAGGAGAGAAACCUUAUAGCUGCUCUGACUGUGGGAAGAGGUUUCUUUUGUCAGGACAUUUAAAAGCGCACCAGAGAAUACAUACAGGAGAGAAACCUUAUAGCUGUGAUCAAUGUGGGAAGAGUUUUACUCAGUCGUGCAACCUGAUAUCACACCAGAGAAUACACACUGGAGAGAAAUAUCACCGCUGCUCUGACUGUGGGAAGAGAUGCACCACUUUAUCAGACCUCAAAAUACAUCAGAGAAUCCACACAGGAGAGAAACCUUAUAGCUGUGAUCAAUGUGGGAAGAGGUUUACUCAGUCAAAGAACCUGAUAUCACACCAGAGAACGCAUACAGGAGAGAAGCCUUACCAUUGCUCUGACUGCGGGAAGAGUUUCCACAGAUCAGAUUCACUAAGAAGACACCAGCGAACACACACAUGUGAGAACUCUCUUAGCGAGAAAUCUCAUAGCUGUGAACAAUGUGACAAGAGAUACUCUGAUAAAAGAUCUCUGAUUAAACAUCAGAAAAUACAUGAAGGAGUUGUUCCAUGAUAUCAAUGAAAUGAUGUCACAAUGUAGAAUUGUUUUAACAUUGUAGUAGGAGUGUUCUAAUGAUGUCACAAUGUAGAAUGUCUUAACAUUGUAGUAGGAGUGUUCUAAUGAUGUCACAAUGUAGAAUGUCUUAACAUUGUAGUAGGAGUGUUCUAAUGAUGUCACAAUGUAGAAUGUCUUAACAUUGUAGUCGAAAAAUCCAGGUUCUGAAUUGAAAGAGUUAAACAUACAAAGUGUUGCGUUACAUUUACCUCGUUGGUGGCCCACUUGAAUCAAAAUGUAACACUUCAAAAUGUAGCUAGCUGUUUGUUUUCUUCAAGUUAUCCUCUAACCAGGGAUGUACACAUUAUUCACAGAUUCUGUGUGGUUUUUGAGCUGUUAGUUUUAACAAGACGUGCAACCUUUAUUUCCAAGUGAUAUCGAUAUGAGUGAUGACAAAUAGGUGUUGCAUUUCUCUUCGUUUUGGGGACCCCUACAUUUAAAUGCAUCACUCCAAAAAUGUAGAUGACUGUCUUCUGCUAGUUGUCGUUAUUCCACUACUGAAGAAGCACGACUCAAAUCACCUCCUAUUUCAAACAUUCAGCCUGACAACAGAUACAUGUUUUA